GUUUUCGACGCACGAGUGGAGCGAGUGUCUCCAGGAAGGUCCCCAGAAUGAGCAUACACCGCCGUGACAACAGUGUUGGAUGGUCUGGAUGCAAGAUGGUUGACGACUGACGGAGUGGGCGGAUCAGACUCCGCGCGGGCAUGCGCCCAGCCCCAGCCCGAAGCUUCAUGGUGGAUGGGGCGGAGUAGUUUCCGAUCCCUCGUGGAGAGAAGAGGUGCCUGCGGAUUUGCUCCACGGGUACACACUAGUCAGCUACAACGCUGCUAUCAGCGCGUGCCAGAAAGGCGAGCAUUGGCAGCCAGCACUGCUGCUGCUCAGUGAAAUGCGGGAGGCGAAGGUGGAGGCCAGCGCCGUAAGCUACAGCACCUUGAUCAGCGCGUGUGGGAGAGACGAGCAGUGGCGACGGGCGCUGGCGCUACUCGGUGAUAGUUCUGCAGCGAAGAUGGAGCCCAACGUCAUCGUCGUCUACAACGCUGGGGUCAGCGCCUGUGAGAAGGGUCGACAGUGGCAGCAUGCUCUGGCGCUGCUCAGAGAGAUGGCGGAGGUGAAGGUGGAGCCUGACGUCAUCAGCUACAACACGGGGAUCAGCGCUUGCGAUAAAAGUGACCAGUGGCGGCGGGCUCUAAGUCUGCGCAGUGGGAUGUGGAAGGCGAAAGUUGAGCCAGACGUCGUCAGCGACAGCGCCGCGAUCAGCGCGUGCGGGACAGGCGCGCAGUGGCAGUGGUCUUUGUCGCUGCUGAACGGUAUACUGGAGGCGAGGAUGGAGCCCAACGUGAUCUAUUUCUACAACGCCGGGAUCGUCGCGUGUGAGAAAAGUGGGCAAUGGCAGCGGUCGUUGUCACUGCUCGGUGAGAUCGGAGGGGCGGCGACGGAGUCCGACGUCGUCAGCUACACCGCUGGGAUCAGCGCGUGCGGGAAGAGCUCGCAGUGGCAGAAGGCGUUGUCGUUGCUUCGUGAGUCUUGGAGAGCUAGGUUAGAUCUAGAGGUGAUGGAUUACAGUGUUUCGAUAUGCAUGUGCGAGCAAGGUGGAGAAUGGCAGCAGGUGCCGUCACUGUUCACCAGGCUGUUGGAGGCGAAGCUUGGGGCUGUCAUUUAGCAUUCGCGGGGUGUUGUGGUGUGACAAUCGAGUGCGAAAAUAUGCGUGGCGAGAGUGGACAUCGUCGCUCUGAGAGGUUUAGCCAGCGAAGUUGGAAUCGAGCUUCCUCGGCACGCGUCUUCAAGUUAGGUCAUUGGCAUCUGCAGCGGGGCCCUGUCGCUCAGUGGCUGGACGAGUGCUGGGCGGAGCACGAGUUGGACGUCGUCUGCCAUAUGCGGGGGCCAGUGAUUCUGUAAACCGAUUGCUCAUGGUUUAGUGCGCAUCCUGUGGCAUUGAAAGAUGGCGAGUGCGCUCGGCCAGCUUAAGUGACAUGACGUGGAAGCUCACGCCAAGCGCCGAUAUCGAUGUACCUCUGCAUGAGAUGUCGCAACUUGACGCGGACCCCAGGAAGGCCAAGCUAAGCCCUGUGUCUGGUAAUCUCAAGACGGAGUAGAUUGCGCGAUCUGCUACCCACUGCGACUCUAGAUUCCGCACGCACGACGCCCGCAAGACUUGUGUGUGUUCGUGGAAGCAGUCGGGUCGUGGCAGCAGCCGCUGUCGGUGCUCGGCGAGAUGCAGGAAGCGAAGUUGCGACCCGACGUCAUCAGGUGGGACGCUGGGAUCGGCGCGUGCCCCAGAGGGGGGGGGCCCUGUCGCUGAGGUGCGGGGGAUGCGGGAGGCGAAGCCGACGUCCACUUCUGCUACAGCGCUGGGAUUUGCGCGUGCGAGAAGGGCGAGCAGUGGCAGCGGGCGCUGGCGCUGCUUAGCGAGAUGCUGGGAGCGAAGCUGGAACCCAACGUCAUCAGCUACACUGCUGGGAUCAGAGCGUGCGAGACGAGCCAGCAGUGGCAGCGGGCGCUGGCGCUGCUGAGCGAGAUGCGGGAGGUGAAGUUGGAUCCCGACUCAGCUACAGCGCUGGGAUCAGCGCGUGCGAGAAAGCCGCGCAGUGGCAGCGGGCGUUGUCGCUGAUCAGGCAGAUAUAGAAACCAAGAUUGGGACCCGCCGUCAUCGGGCCCAGCAGCUCCUGUAACACCAGCAGAGGCAGCAGGCUUUGCCAUUGCUCAUCGACGAGUGGGAGGCGGAGCAGGAGCCAGACGACACUUGCUGCAGUGCUAGCUCCAUCGCGAGCGAGAGAGGCAAGAAGCAGCAUAGUCGUCACGUCGAAGAAGAGCAAGUGGCAUGCAAAUGAACUGUCGGAGGUCCGCGGGGAGUUCUUAGGUCGGCGCUGGGCCCCCCUGGCGGCGUCUCCGGCGCCGCCCCUGUCGCGCUCCGCGCGCCAUGGAGGGGGUCCAGUGACGAUCCAGUACAUGCGCGCGGACCCUAGGAAAUGCGUGAUUAUGAUGUUCCACGACGUGUCGAAGGCUAGGUUGUUGGUCCACAGCAUCGUUAUUUGUAUAACGCCGCUCGCAGCAACACCCGGAGACUGCGGCGGUGGUGGAGCAUGGAUUGUUGUGAUGUUUUGGGUCCGAGAGCAUAUGUGUGACCGCCCAAAAAAAGGAGAGCGAUUUAUGUGAUGGUAUCACUGGAGCCAAACAUACUUGACCAGGUUGUGCAGUCGAGAUGGAGGUACGUGGUUGUCAUGUUCUCGACAUGUCAUUGUCACCAUGCCACUUUCACGUGUGAGAUACAAUUAAGAGAGACUCCAGGUAAUAUUGUAGUGGGAGGCGCGUUCGCACGCUCAAGAGCAGAGCACAGCAC